AUGGAAGGCUAUCAAGUACUUCUUAGAUACUAUGUCUUCGUAAUAGGGAUCUUUACUACACUUCCAAGUGUUUCUAGAGGUAACACUCUAACCUGAGUUCAAGCAGUCUAUAUUUUUAGUAGUCUGGCUCCUUUGGAAAAUAUUGAUUUUUUUCGGUACAUUCCUAAAGCUACCAUUUUUCCCUUUGUCUUUUGAACAGCUUUCAGCCAAGGUUCCAUUAACAACUUUGUCUAUGUCAACUUCAUGAUAAGUGAAUUUUCCUACCUCAAUAUCACAAGUAUUGCGCGGAAUCUUAUUCAAGAAGAAAACGAUUGUGGCUACGCCUGUUUAGAAAUUCCAUCGUGUUUUUCUUACAACGUGGCUGCCUUCCCUGAUGUCAACGGCAAACUUCUGUGUGAACUCCUCCCAUCGGACAAAUAUAACAACUCGGAUACGUUCAACGCCAGCAAAGAGUUUCAUCAUUUUUAUAUUCCGGUGAGUCAAACUACUUAUUUAUCACAACUUUUUCAUUGGAAGGAUAAUAAAUAACCCUCUCAUUUGUCUCUCUUGUUAUUAGUUUCGGAAGUUAGCAUUUGUAAAUAAGACACGUAUCUCUUUGCUUGGAUAAUCAGUCUCCAAUGCACUGAUCGAACUGUGUGGAAAAAAAAAAAAAACACCAAGAGCGUUUUUCAGUAGUAAUACGCCUGCCUAUUUCUAAUGAAACAAUCCCUGACAUACUUUAUGAAAUUAAAAUCGCUAUUACCUUCGAAUGUCAGGCAGAUUCAAAUUCAAAUUCAAGAUUCAUAUUUGCCUUGAAAAUUACUCAAAGUUCAAUACAUCUUAUUGUUUUAGCCUUCGGCGCCAUUAACUUGCAUUGAUACACCUGUCUUAUCGUAAUCUGCCGGAUAUACUAUCCCUUAUUUCUCUCACAAAAAUUGUCCAAAUUAUUUUCGAUUGUGGAGCAAAAUUGUCAUCAUCAGCACAAGGUCUUGAAAUUCGGUGACAUGGCCACAAAUUUAGCUCAUAAAACAGAAUUCAGUUCUAAAACCUCUAACGAAUGGCUGGGCUGGCCACAUCUGAGCCCUGUUUGAAUAAGCUGAGUUAAAAUAUAUUGUACACUGUUGUCGGUUCUUAAUAAUUAAUAAAAUGACAUCACUGAAAAUAGGAAACAAACUAAAAGUGGAAGAAGGAACUAGAAUUCAAGCGAACUUGUAUUUCAUAACUUAAUACAAAGGGAUGAAGGGUCGAAGUUGUUUACCUCUUCUAAAGAAGACAAGAAAACUGCUCGACUAGUUUUCUUUACUUAAAGUGAACUAAGACCAGGUUAAUUUAAUUCCAUUCUCACAGUGUGUCUCUUGUCCUGCUUAUAGUUGAUAUAUUACCAUUAUUGCAACACAAAUACGCUACUGGAAUACACACUUAAUACAGCAAAUUCGCAUUUACGCCGGCUUGUUGAAGCAAUGCAAAUAAAAUAACCUGUGAGACCAAGGGGACUUAUUCGCUCCAUAGUGUUUGCCUUUCCUGUUUGAUAUUGCCAUAGGAACGCACAUUUAAAGCUAGAAUUUCCACCUGUAGUUAUCAAACCGCUCGUAUUUUGUUCUUUCUGAACAGUUUUCGUGACUGCGCUACAAAUCAGUAUUACCAAUUAGUUUAACAAAGUAGAAUCCUGACGAAUUUUGCAAUUGUUCACCGCUAAAUAAAUAUGUUUUAUUUAUUUAUGUAUUUAUUCAUUCAUUUUUUAUUUAUUCAUCAGUCCGUUCGCGUAGACACAGAUAUGACUAAUAACAUUUUUGCUAAUUAAAAAGUAAAUAAAGUCCGGAAGAUAAAUCGAUAUUUUGUGGGCGUUUUCACUAAAUAAAACAAUUAUUCCACUCGCACUUGCUCCGUCUGAGAUGAUUACUGAGCCAGCCCAUAUCCAACAACCGGCAGGUGGAAUAAUUGUGUUAAGAACGAAUCCAUCAGGAAAUUGAGUAAUUUUUAUUUUCAGUGGUCAAAAACCUUGUACCAGAAUAAUUUAAACAAUAUCGCAUUCUUUUUUUUACAUUUUUAAAGGACUAAAGAUGAAAUUAGCUAGACGAGUAAUAACACCAAAGAAAAUUUCUUAUGAUAGGACGAGAAAAUAAAUGUCAAAUUUCUUAAAAUGGCAUCUUACACAUGACAUUUUCAGAGUUUUACCUUUGUUUUCACAAUUUUUGUGAAAAUUUGACAUUUAUUUAUCGGGCUCCCAUAAAAAUAGUAUUUGUUGUUAUUACAAUUAACUAACUUGUAUAUAAAUAGCCCUUGAAAAAUGUAAAAAAGAAAGCGAUUUUGUUCAAAUUAUUCUGGUACCAGGUUUUUUUGUCCACUAAAAAUUGAAAUUACUCCAUUUCCUGAUGGUUCCUUCUUAAUGCUACAUGUAACUAAAACUUGGGGCUCAACUUGGUCGACGAAAGUCAAUAACUGAAUUUGCCGUAAAUUCAGCAUCUGUCUAAUAGCGGAGCUCUGGCGCGCGAACCGCGCCUGCGGAGCACCAUGGGUAAGUAAAUCUACCCAUCCGAGAAAAUUUGGUAAUCACGUGACCGUACACCGCCCGCAGCCCGCCCGUCCGUCCGCACCACAGGAAAACCAAUGUUCAAUCUCACACUUUCUAGCUAGUUUGGUAGCACAGGAAGACUGAUAUUGCACACAUAUUGUACAUCAAUGUUGUGAUCAAUUGACAGUUGUCAAAACAGGGUAUCCGCUGACCAGUAUCACCUGACCGUAUCGCGGGCUCAGGUGUAGACCCAUCGAGGUCGAGUAUCUUUUUAAAGUCAUCCGCUGACAAGUUACUAGUUUUCAAAUGAUCGCAGGCUCAAGUUUAAUUUUUUUUUAAUUCAUAUGAAAUAUGUUGUGUUUUAUAUGUGUCGCACAAUUAAAAUUUUGAUUUCAAACUGACCUCGGAAGUUAAAAUUCAGCCAGUUUUUACAGGCAGGGAAGACAUGCCAGUUGCUUUUGACUUUUCUCAACAAGGUCACGCGUUGGUCACGCUCUACGUCCAAUCUUUAUGCUCUGAUUGGUCAAAAUUUGACAGGUGAGUUUAUGCGGAAAAUUUAUGCAGCAUCUUGAAACUUGUUUACUUUGACAGCUGAAGCUGACAGAGUUUUGUGUCAACUUGUGAUGUUUUUAACUGUCUUUCUCCGCUGAAUGUACAAAAUGAAAUUCUGCUGCUAUCAAGAGUCUUCUGUUAUUCAUAGCUAGUUUGUUUAUUGGGUUUUUGGUUUAGAAAUACGUCGCUUGUCAAAGUCGGAAAUCCGAUUUCGCAUGGCAUUGUUUUCGUUUUUCACCUUGCUUGAUGCGUAAGAGGGCUGAAAAGUCUGAAGCGAUUCUGGACUUACUUGAUAGUUUUCAGAGCAUCUCGAAUCGGUAAGCCUGAGUAAUUAUUGUAUUUGAUGUUUGUUUUUUAUAUCUAAUUUAAUGAAGUCGGGCGUAGUUUAUGCACGUUUGUAAGAUUUGAGACAAUGAUCGAUGUGACCGAGUAUCAGGUUUGAUUAUAAGCUUACAGAACUUUAAAAAGCCUUUAGACAUUUUCUCGCUGCAAAUAGAAAGAAAACGUUCCAAAGAAUAUUUAGUUAUAAUUCUGGCUGUAAAAGAAAGCUUUGAGCGAUUUUCUUGCCUCGAGUUCAUCUUUGAAAAAAGCAAACGCCGGGAAGCCGGCUUAAAACAUAAACAAGGAUUUUCAGAGACACUCUUACUUGUCUUCGUGAAUGAAAAUUGUUGUCUCUGUAUAUGUUUCACCGAAUUAUUAUCCUUUUAUUGAUUGUUAGUAGUCUCUUUUGCAAUUUUAAUCGCUGUGCCGUUUGUUUUCCGUCGCUCACGAACAUCGCUUGCAGGAGUAGUUGCGGCGUGUAUCAAACGCUUUUGAAGAUUACACAUAGUUAUAAAACCGUUAAAUAUAUGAAGAAAUAAACAUAAUAAAUUUUUUAUCAUGUUAAAGCGUAUAACUCUAUUAAUCUUGAUUUAAACAGUCGACUUUGGCACUUGUCAAAAGUGAGAAUCGGCAAGCCGUAUAGGUGAUUUAAAAAAUUUUUUUAACGGUUUCGGUAAAAGCCCACGCGUGCUUCGAUCGACCUGAAUGUUGAGUACAGUGUAUUGCAAAAUUGUGAUCUGUCCGAGGUCUGUAUGAUAAAAACUGUGCCUCAUGGUACUGUUUCACCUCAUAUGAUGUAUAAAAAAUAUAAAAGGUUGGUUUACACGUCCCCAGACUUGUUAGCAAGAUUUUGUAAAAUAAAUUGUAAAGUUGUCGAACCCAAAAAAUUGGGCCUGAUUUGUUUUCCGAGAAUUUGUUUUCCACGCCUAAUCAACUGUGAUCAAGAGCCAUUUAAUAUGGCUCUUAAAUGUGAUCGAAGAUGAUUGCUAUUUUUUGGGUGUACACAUAAGGCUAUCAACUCGAUGUAAGAUUACGUUCACUCUUAGCUUGGACUGUUUGCAAAUUAUUUUUCUCUAAAAUCACUUAGCGGCCUUUCCCUCAAAAGUCACAUGAAUGUGGUCUAAAGUUAACUGAUUUGUAAAAUACAAUUGCAAGUUUAUUGUUUGAUUUAAAUUAUAAAUUCGUGUUAAUAGGAGCUUCGCUUUUAGCCCUGGCUAAAUCUAUAUAUUAUGGAUAAAUGUUAUGCGUCACGUUACUGGAUAUUUUGACUUUGACAUAAAAUCAAGGUCUUUAGUUACAGCCGUAUCCUUUCCUUUGUGUAGUCUCCUUGUGACAGUUCGCCCUGUAAGAACUCUCGAAAGAACACUGGAAAAUGCAUCUCGUUGUACCAGGAAAAUGGAUAUAAGUGUAUCUGCGUGGAAGGAUUCACCGGAAAAGACUGCGAAACGAGUAAGAAAUGAGUUGAAACAAUGUUGCCACUUACUGUAAUACAAUCACAGGUGACACACUAAUUAACGCACUUUGCAAGUGGGAACGGUUAUCAGCAUAAAGCUUUUGUACUGAUUUUAGGUAUUAUAUUAUUGACCUUUAAUUCUUUGAGCUCACUAAAAUAAAAAAAAAUCUAACUGAGAAGAUUUUGAAAUCUACCUUGAAAGAAAUGUCGAGCAAUAAGUAUCACACUGAACUUUUACUUCACGUUACCUGACCACAAAUGUCAAUUUCCCUGCUUGAUCGAUAAAGUGACUUAUUUAUAGACAGGCCUUCUCCAUCAACAUCUAGAACAACGUUUACAUUUAUUAGUUGGGUGUUUUGACUCUUGCUGAAGUCUAAUGUACCUUGGCUGAAAGGUACAUAAUUAUCAUUUUAUAUAUAUAUAUAUAUAUAUAUAUGUAUCUUUGAUUCUCUCUCCUGCAGAUAUAAAUGACUGUGUCAAUAUUACUUGUUUGAACAACGGAACUUGCAUCGACCAAAUUAAUGGCUUCAACUGCAGUUGCCCUCCAGGAUUUGCCGGCAACCGAUGCGAAAUUGGUUAGUUACUAGUUGCUGCUAUUUGCAUCGCAUUUCCGCCAGAACGCAACAUGCUAUGUAUCCCGUUUAAACACCUAAUGUUGGAUACUGUUGAAUGCUGAUAACUUAUAUAUAUGGAUCAAUUUUAAAUCCGAUCCUACAUGGAUCCUACAUCAUCGACAUCAUCCGACAAUCGUUUUUAUCGGGAGACUCUGGGGUGCGCUGGCCAUGGAUAAUUGUAUGUUAAUUUCAAUUUUGCAAUUUUAUUGACCUCGAAUUCCUCUCGGUCCCUGAAAAUGCCGAAAAAAAAAAAAAAAAAGACUUGGCCAAUAAUAACGCAUUUAUCUUAGUCGUUAUUUUUUUUAUUAUAUUUCCUUUAGAUAUAAACGAAUGUGAGAGCGGUCCCUGUUUAAACAACGGAACAUGCACUGACCGAGGCAACGAAUUCAACUGCAAUUGUCCACCAGGAUUUUCGGGCAAUCGAUGUGAAAUUGGUGAGCUGUGUGUUUAGCUGUUAUUUUUAUUGUUUAUCGGCUUGAAAAUCUAUACACUAACUGACGGUGUUGGUCCUGCAUGUUCACUUGUUGUUGUUUUUAUAUGAAGAAGAGAUUUAUUGGCAUUUAUAGCUUUCUUUCGCAAGUUUCAAUUCGUUGAAGUCAGUAUGCAGUAAAGAACCCUCCGUAAAAGUGGUUUCUUGUUUCUUUCUUUUUGUUGUUGUUGUUUGCAAUUUAUAUUUGUGAUUAUUGUUUCCUUCAGAUAUAAACGAGUGUGAGGGCAGGCCCUGUUUAAACAACGGAACUUGCACCGACCGAAUCAAUGCAUUCAACUGCAGUUGCUCGCCUGGAUUUUCUGGCAAUCGAUGUGAAAUUGGUUAGUGUUAAGCUAAUUACCCUAUAAUGACCUCGUAAGGUUAAGACGUGCUUAAAUGUCAACACCUAUCCAGCCAGAUGGAAAUCCAGGACUGGACUCUGGACUGGACUAGAUAAGAAGAAUAAAAGCAUUUUCAUUAAUUCCUACUCUGUGUGGCAACAAAAGCCCCAUGGGGAGGCUGGUACGUGCAAGAAACAGGGUCUAUCUUUUUGUCGAGGGUCGAAUUUCUUGCCGACCAUCUGAUCGCUGUCCGUGAAUAAAAGCUACCCUUUUCGAGCACAAUAGGAAAUAAUCGCUGAAGCCGUUAUGAAAGAUAGUUUUUUGCUGCAGAAACUUCUGAUUUCUGUUUGAAAUGCACAUUAGGGAUAAAGCUGUGUACAAAAUUAGUUUCGCCACAUGACUUAUGGACAUUUACAUUCAUCUGGGUCUUAAUAAAGGAGGUAUACACAGAAAACACAUUUCUUUUUUGUGGGUACGUAGGGAAGUUCAUAACGAACAAUCCAUUAGUUUUACCAUAACCCCCGUCCGUCAAAAAAAAAAGCGGUGGUGCCGUCAGCGGGAGCCGGCGAAUCCGGUGAUAAGAAUAAGGCGAUUACACGUUAAAAAAUAUGUGCAUAUUCGGCAACAAUUAGCCGGAUUCGUGUUUUUGUCACGGGUUUUCCACUUUUUUUCCAUGACUAUAUUUUGAUAUCUGCCGCAAAAAUGUCCUCGUGCAACUUUCUGUCAUUUUUGUUAACACUUUGCUGUGUUCCUAUUGGAUAAGAUCUUGACACCUCUUAAGGGGCGAAAUUAAGAAUAAAUAGAUAAAUAGGCCGUCUACUAGCGAUGGUGUCUCUACCACCAAAACAACCCCAAACUCUCACAAAUAAGCCAGCUCGGAGACUAGUUUAUCGUUUAUCUCGCGAUAGUCGUUACUUAGUUAUUCAUUCACGACGUUUCAAACUGCGUACUUCUAGUCUUCAUUAGUCGAUUGUGUCGAGUAUUAAUGUGGGUGGACUAAUAGUUACUCCGUAGUUGCUAGUUAUUAGGAUUAUGAGCCUCAUUUGUGGUUGGUGGGUUUUCCAGCAUCCAUGCGGUCUGCAGUGGUACUAAUCUGCAGCUGUGUAGUCGAUGUGUGAUCGUGGUUAUCCACGCUUCUGAAAUCUCAACGGCUGUUAUCUCAAUUCAGAGCGUGAAAAUAAGACGAUAUCGUUAAUUUUUUGUAUGCGCCUAACAAGCCUGCAUUGCCAGAAAACCUGCGUAUGGACUAGUCUGAAAUGUCACACGUCUCCACCCCCUAACCCGUGGGGGGUGCGUCUCUCUCCCCUGCGCCCUUCACGGGUUAUGGGGUGAAGACGAAUGAUAAUUCAGACGACGUAUGGACAUUUACGUUCAGCCGGGGGUUAAUAGGUAUGCAGGGAAAACACAUUCCCUUUUGUGGGUCGGUAGGGAAGGACAUAACGAACAAACCAUCACUUUUUCCAUGACGAGGUGGGUCGUCUGGCUUAGUCACUUCCCUUAUUGUGGCACGCAAUCAAAGAAAACGGUAAUCAUCAAAAUGAUUUUCUACGAAAGAUUUCAACAGACGAUUAAAGGAUUCAUUGAGUAAAAAGUGUAUUCUUCUAUAUAAAUCAAUGCAUUCUAUUUACUAUUUUGCAGACAUUAACGAGUGUGAGACAGGAAAGCAUCACUGCGACUCCAAUGCUUUCUGUAACAACACUAAAGGCUCUUACAAUUGUACAUGCAUACCAGGAUAUAUCGGAAACGGCGUUAACUGCACAGGUAAAAUAAGCAAUCGAAAACCCUCCGCCGAUAGCACUAAAUAA